AUGAAAAUAACUACUCAAACUUUUGAUAUUUUUGAACUUGCAAUGUCUCUAUUGCAUCAGUUAUAUUAAUUUGUUUUCGAUGACAAGAAAAAAGAGAAACUCUCUCAAUAAUAGCUCAUAGACUAUGAUUUUGUGGUAGGGUAAAUAGCAAAGAUAGCCUUAUUUCUUAUGCAGAUUAUAUACUAUUUAGAUUUGAACAAAUUAGAUCCAAUAUCUACAUCUCUACUAAUCUAAGGGUACUAUGUUUUUGCAGUUUUUAUUGUGUUGGUCGAAUCAAAAUACAUAUAUGGAGGAUAUUCUUACACAUUUCAUAGAAUAGUUGCUUAUAGAAUAAUGAAUAUAGUUGUCAAUUUAAUUAGUCUAUGGAGAAUCCAUUAAGAUAAAUCCUUACUUUAUAAUUGGGAGAAUAUCAUAGAUUUUUAUUUUGGAAUUGCUGAGCUACUACUAAUUGGACUUGUUUUUUUUACUGCAGUUGAAAUUGUACAAUUAUCGUUUCAACUAUGCACAAAACUGUUCUCUUGUAUGAAAAAAUUUGAUAAUACAAAGGAAUACGAUUCUCCAGGAGGGUGUGGUUAUGUAUGUGUUGGUUAAGGUUCAGGAAUUACUUUAAUGGGAGGUAUUAUUUUGCUAAUAUUUUAUUGGAAAACCAUUCCAUUUUCAACUCUAUUCACUUUGAAGGUUAUUGUUCUCGAAAGUUUGGUAGGUCUUGAAUUUAUAUUAUCCUGCGUUUUUUAUUGUAAGAGUGGCAAAGUUUAAAAAGAUCCACCAAGAUCUAAAAAAGUGAUUUGUUUUGGAUAUGGAUUCUGCAUUGGAGCUCUGGGUGUGUUUUCAGGCCCAGCAAUUCUGGUAGUUGUUAUCAUAUAUGCGUUUAUCAGAACACUUUGUUUUUGGCACUAAUUUGAUUGGAGGUGCAUUAUUUGUUGUUGGUGCGCAACUAUAGAAAAAGGCCAUAAGUAUAAACAAACAAAUAUUUCAAUUAACACAAAUAAUGGCUGA